AUGAGUAAUCAAAGAGUAAUAUACUCAGAAAUAAAGCUGGCCAAAUAUCCAAAGAGGCAGCAAAUCAAACCUAAGAGCAAAAACAACUCCAUUUCAGAUACAGAACAAGAAAUAAACUAUGUGGAAUUAAACCUUCACAAUGCUUCUCAGGAUCUUCAAGGAAAUGACGAGAACUCCCACUGCAAAGACUUCCCAUCAGCUCAAGGGAUGUUCAUUGCUGCGAUCCUAGGAGUCAUCUGUUUUGUCUUGAUGGCCAGUGUAAUAAUCAUGAGUGUCAUAGUUAUUAUUCCCUCUACUCUAAAAUUGGAACAGAACAAUUCUUCUCUGAUAACCAGAACCCAGAAAGGUAAUCGUUGUGGCCAUUGUCCAAAGUCUUGGUUUAUAUAUUCCAAGUAUUGUUAUUAUAUUAGUAUUGAAAGAAAAACAUGGAAUGAGAGUUGGAUGGCUUGUGCUUCUAAGAAAUCUGAUUUGCUUUACAUAGAUAAUGAAGAAGAAAUGGUAAGAUUUUUAAAUGUUUCAAAUGUUUUGUUGAAAGCGUAUUUCAAUCAAUAUUAUGUUUGUAGGCUUCAUUCAUAUAUUUUAGCAUACAGUUGA